AUGCGUCUCACCUUUUCCCUCCUCAUCCUCUUCAUCAGCCUCCCAGCAUGUGAGUACUCAUCAAACCGCCUCCUGGUUGAGGAUAACUGAGGGUUUUCCUCAUCUGAUCUUGAUUUCAUGUGAUGUUGGGUUGUGUUUCACAGUGCUGGGUAACCGAGCUGUGUGGCAGUUCAGGUCCAUGAUCCUCUGCACUGUACCUGACAGCUGGCCCAUUCUGGAUUACGCUGACUACGGCUGCUACUGUGGGUUAGGAGGAUCAGGCACACCUGUGGAUGAGCUGGACAGGUAACAUCUUUAGUGAAUCAAAGAUGGGUCAAUAGGGUUUAAUCGGUUCCUUUAAAUAACUGAAACUGUCACUUUUCACAAAAGGGAAAGGACCCAAAAUGCAAACAAAAAAGGGAUUUAUUUUAUAAAGAACCAAAGGAAAAGCAACAAAAACUUCCUUUAAAAUGUCCAACCAAAAAAAUCCAACUAAAGCCACUGAGGACACAAGCAUACGCACACAAAUCGACAUACAAGGACCCAACAAGGACAGAGGGGAAGACAGGGACUUUAUACACACUGGAAAACGAGCAACAGGUGAGGCAGACGAGACACAGGUGAAACUUAUAUGUGAUUAACGAAGGAGGGAAAACUAGACUACAAACACAAGGAAUCAACUACUACAAAAUAAAACAGGAAACACUGAAAACUGAUUUAAAGAAUAAAACACAGAGAGCAGGAGGGAAACAGGAAGGAGGGAAACAGGAUCAAAACACAAACUGAAAUCUCACAAGACAGGACAACAGGGGAACAGAAACACAAGGGAAAAUACACAAAAUGCACUCAAAUUAAAUAAACAGAACAUAUCAUGACAGAAACUGCUUUAAAAGUUUAAAUAUUUUAUUGUCCGUUCAUAAAAAAUCUUCUUUUUUAAAAAACAGCUGAUCAGGAUACUUUCAAAAGGCGUCCCACAGGGCUCUGUGCCGGGUCCUUUCACGAUUUACACUCAAAAUAGAUUGGAGGUGUCAGCGAUUAUUAUCUAACACUGUUUCCUUUGUCCUGCUGUUCAUGCAGAUGCUGUUACAUCCACGAUAAGUGUUACACCGAGGCCAAGCAGCACGAUGACUGCUGGCCGAUCUUUGACAACCCGUACACUGAAUCCUACAGCUACAGGUGUGACAAGGCCAGCAAGACCAUCACCUGCAUGAGUGAGUGUCCAAAGAAGCUCCCAAACACUGCAGCCCUAAACUAUUAUCAUUAUCACUACUUUAAUCUCUGUUCUGCUUUCGUCCUUUUAGGUCACAACGAUCCCUGUGAGAGUUUCAUCUGCGAGUGUGACAGGCAGGCGGCCAUGUGCUUCGCAGAGGCUGGUUACAACGAAGAAAACGCUCAUCUACCCGGUCGCUUCUGCAGAUGAGCUGAAGAUGAAACGUCAUUGUCAUCACAGUUAAUGUUUUAUUGUCAAGUAAAAGACUUUUUAAAAACAUCUGUGGUGUCCCAGGUGGGGCACUGAUUUAUCCAGGGUUGAUAUAAAGUCUGUGUGCACAAUUAAAAACACAUGAAUAUAUAUUAUUUACAACUCACUCUGUCUCCACUGAUCAUAUGACUUGUACAAAACAAGAUUAGGGCCACAGUAAUGAGGAAAAAGGGAAAGAUUUCAUGAAUAAAGUAAGUAAAUAAGGCUUAAAGUUACAGGAAUCAAGUUGAAAGUUAUACAUUAAUGAGGAUUAAGUCAUACUUGGGACAAUAGAGUCGUAGUUUCAUGGGAUACAAGUCUUAAUAACAGACUCGGUUUCUUACAUAAUCACAAUACUGUGGCGCUGAUCUGCUAACAGACUGAGUAUUCAGGUAUUUAUGACAUCUAUAUUGAAGUAUACUCAG